AUGUUCCGCACCGCGAUCCUCCGCUCCGCCGUACGAGCCGCCUCCCGCCCGGCCCUGCGAACACCGUUUGUCGCUGCGCCGCGCGCUGCCGUCGUCCCUCGCGUGCACAAGAUGAUUGCUGUGAGAAUGUACUCUGCCGCGGGAGGCCUGAAGAAGGAGGAGGUUGAGGGCCGAAUCAUGAGCUUGCUGCAGGGCUUUGACAAGGUCAACGAUACUGCUAAUAUCAAGCCUGUUGCCCAUUUCGCCAACGACCUGGGCCUCGACUCGCUCGACACGGUAGAAGUCGUCAUGGCUAUUGAGGAGGAAUUCAGCAUCGAAAUCCCCGACAAGGACGCCGAUACUAUUCACUCUGUUGACAAGGCUGUCGAGUACAUCUUGUCCCAACCUGAUGCUCACUAA